UUCGUUCUCCUCCCGCCAGACCGCCACCAUGGCCGCGGCGGCCGCCGGCGCCUCUACUUCCGCCGCAGCUGUGUACGCAAUCUCUGCCCACAUAGCCGCUGGAAGACUCUUCGCCGCCCUAGACACUCUCACCCCUUCCUGGUCCUCCUCCCCGAUACCCUCCUCACUCUACGCUUCCCUCCUCCGUCUGGCCACCGACCACGGCUCCCUCUCGGCCGCCCGCCGCAUCGCGACCCACUUCACCUCCGCCACCUUCCAAUUCAACCGCUCAUCAGUCCCCACCUUCCUAUUCAACCGCGCCAUCGAGUCUCUUGCUGCUUGCGGCGGCCUCGCGGACGCGCGGGAGUUGUUUGAGUUAAUGCCGCGCCGUGACGGCGGUUCUUGGAAUGCCAUCAUCUACGCUUCCUCCCGCGCCGGGAAACCCACGGAGGCGCUUUCCCUCUUUGCCGAUAUGUACGCCCGUGGCGUUCGCCCCAACGAUGUCACAAUGGCAUCCGUGCUCGCCUGCUGCUCAGAGUGCCUCAACCCGUGUGGUGCCCAGCAGCUCCACGGCCAUAUCUCCAAGCGGGACUUCCAGUCCAAUGUGAUUCUUGGCACAGCGCUGGUUGAUGUGUAUGGGAAGUGUCACUUACUUGCAGAUGCGAGGCAGGCAUUUGAUGGUAUCUCCGAACCUAAUGCCAUUUCGUGGAAUGUCAUCAUCCGCCGGUAUCUUCUUGCUGGGAUGGGGGAUAUGGCAGCUGAAAUGUUCUUUCAGAUGGUCUGGGCAGGAGUUAGGCCGCUUGUUUAUACCGUCUCACAUGCACUUCUUGCUUGCCGGGAUAACAAUGCGCUUGAAGAAGGACGGUGCAUGCAUACUUUUGUGCUUCGUCAUGGGUACGAGCAACACGUCCAUGUGCGGAGCUCAGUCGUGGAUAUGUAUGCCAAGUGCGGUGCCAUUGAUGCAGCCCAAAGGCUCUUCAACUUGGCACCAGUGAAGGACAUGAUAAUGUCGACCUCAAUUUUGUCAGGGCUGGCUUCUUGUGGGAGGGUUGCUGAUGCAAAGCGAGUGUUCGACAGGAUGGAAGAGCGUAACUUGGUGUCCUGGAAUGCUAUGUUGACUGGUUAUAUCAGGUCCUUGGAUCUGACUGGUGCGUUGCAUUUGUUCCAGCAGAUGAGGAAGGAGACAAAGGAGCUUGAUGAUGUUACACUUGGUUCGGUGCUCAAUGCUUGUACUGGGAUGCUUGAUAUUUGGAAAGGUGAGGAGGUCCAUGCAUUCGCUUUCAAGUGUGGUUUAUUCAGUUACCCUUUCCUAAAGAACGCUCUUGUGAGGAUGUAUUCCAAAUGCGGAUGCAUGAGGAGUGCAGAACUGCUUCUUCAAUUCGAGAUGGGAGAGAGAGACAAAUACUCCUGGAAUUCACUUAUCUCAGGCUAUGAGCGCCACUCCAUGAGUGAAGCAGCUCUGCAUGCACUGAGUGAAAUGCAAUCUGAAGUAACUCCUAACCAGUCCACGUUCAGUUCGGCACUGGCAGCCUGUGCCAACAUUUUUCUGCUUAAGCACGGCAUGGAGAUUCAUGCGUACAUGAUCAGAAAUGGCUAUGAGAUUGACGAUAUACUGCGAAGUGCAUUGAUUGACAUGUACUCCAAGUGUAGGCUAUUUGAUUAUGCCAUCAGGAUAUUUGAGGCACGGCCAUCUCGUGAUGUCAUCCUGUGGAAUUCGAUAAUCUUUGGCUGUGCUUACAGUGGCAAAGGUGAGUAUGGGCUUGAAUUGUUUGAUGAAAUGCGGGCGCAAGGGAUUAAGGCCGAUUCUGUCACUUUCCUCAGUGCACUAGUUUCAUGUAUCAGCGAGGGGCAUGUUGGGUUGGGAAAGAGUUAUUUCACUUUGAUGACUGAGGAAUCCAUCAUUCCUCGCAUGGAGCACUAUGAGUGCAUGAUUGAGCUGCUGGGCAAACAUGGACACAUGGUUGAGCUCGAGGAUUUUGUGGAUCACAUGCCGUUUGAGCCAACAACCACAAUGUGGUUAAGGAUCUUCGACUGCUGUAGGGAAUAUGGAAAUAGGAAAUUAGGGGAGCGGGCUGCCAAGUGCAUCAAUGAUAGCAAUCCCCAGACACCGGUUCGAUACGAGGCUACUGCGGACUACAUGUGCAGUGAUGGUGGCAGUGCAGAGCCCAUGUUAUUUGGUAACCCGGACGAAGAAUUGAUGUCGCCGCUGUGAGUGCCAUGACAUCGACUCACAGUCACAGGUGGCUGAGCUGGAAUUCUUAAUUGCCAAAUCAAGGAGCAGACUUGAAAAGGAUUUUCAGGUGCUUGUGAUCCCAUUUGACACUUGACAGGAGUCACAGGACUACCCUAGUUACAGUUGGUCGAGCUGAAGACAGGGUCUCUCGGCCGAACAUGGAGCUUGUAAUUAUAAGGAUGAUAACAAGACCUCAAGCUUUCAUCUCAGCUGACUGAGGAUGAAUUGGAGCCCAACUUUGCAUGAUUUAUUCUGGCACUCACAAGGAAGUCACAUUGAGUCUUCUAGUCUGUCUAUGUUGAGUGGCCAGGUGCCGAGACUUCCUCUCUCGGGGAACAUAUAGCAGGCCUCAUCGGCUAGGAAGAUGCCGAGGAAGUUGUAAAAUAUCACCUUUGUUUCGAAUUAUAAGACGUUUUGGAUAUUUCAA